AUGUUACAGGCAAUCAAGUAUAACAAAGGCGACCUUGAAAUUCUGGACCAAUUGCAGCUUCCAUUUGUUCAGAAAUAUAUCCCCAUCCAAACUGCCGAAGAUGGGUGGCACGCCAUCAAGGAUAUGAAGGUCCGCGGGGCACCGGCCAUUGCCAUAGUGGCAAUGCUUGCGCUCGCCUCGGAAUUGACCGCUGCCAUGAAAAACGACCAGCUUUCCAAGCUGCCGGAGGAGGUAUGCCACGUUAUCCGUGACAAACUUACUUAUCUGGUGACGAGUCGGCCAACUGCUGUCAAUCUCAGCGACGCUGCUGGCAAGCUGGAGAUCGUGGUGACAAAUUGCGCCAAAGUGACAGGUUCUCAUGGUCGCGACAUCGCAACAGCGUUCAUCCAGGCGGCAGAGGACAUGCUGGGAAAGGAUCUGGAGGAUAAUCAAAGGAUAGGACACAACGGUGCAGAAUGGAUUGCUGCCAACGCCAUUAAGCCGGGUAAUUCAGGAGUUGCAGUCCUGACUCACUGCAAUACUGGAUCUCUCGCCACUUCUGGGUAUGGCACAGCACUGGGUGUGGUUCGCUCGCUGGCAUCGAAGAAUAUCCUACGCCAUGCCUAUUGCACGGAAACCAGACCCUACAACCAAGGAUCUCGGCUGACAGCGUUUGAACUGGUCCAUGAUCAGAUCCCAGCUACUCUCAUCACGGAUUCCAUGGCGGCCGCGUUACUUGCUGAUACCCGCGUGGGUGUGAAUGCCAUUGUAGUUGGAGCUGAUAGGGUAGCAGCCAAUGGCGACACUGCCAAUAAAAUAGGUACAUAUGCCCUGGCUGUCUUGGCAAGACAUCAUGGUGUCAAGUUCCUGGUUGCAGCACCACGCACAACCAUUGACUUGGCCACGGGAUCAGGGCAGGAUAUCACCAUUGAGCAACGUCCAGCUUCCGAGGUGACGAGCAUCAAAGGACCCCGUGGGGGAGCCGAGGCUGCUGACAACAUUGCGAUCGAGACUGUACAAAUUGCUGCGCCGGGGAUCAACGUCUGGAACCCUGCAUUUGACAUUACUCCGUCGAGUUUGAUUGAUGGCAUUAUCACGGAGGUCGGUGUUGUAGAGAAAGGCUCCGAUGGUCAGUAUCAUUUAGGUGGACUAUUUGAUUCUUCCAUUUGA